GCACCGGAGGAGCAGCAUCUCAACCCGGGAUCGGCUGAGGUUUUCGCGUCGCGCGCCCGUCGGGUGGCCAAGUCUGUGUCCCCCUCAGCCGCCGCUGCUGCCCCAAACUUUGGCCAGCGCCGGCCGGGCUCCGCGCCAGGGACGAGCCAGGAAUUUUCAAGAUGAAUUAUACCAUGUCUAGCCCACUGGCAGAAGCAACUGCAGUAGGUUUUACGCCUGAGUUAGAAAGAAUCCUACCUGUGCCUUCCAAUGAGACCACUUGUGAAAACUGGAGAGAGAUACAUCAUCUAGUUUUUCAUAUAGCAAAUAUUUUUUUCGCAAUUGGAUUGGUUAUUCCAACUACACUUCACCUUCAUAUGAUACUUCUUAGGGGGCUGUUAGCUGUAGGAUGUGCCCUUUAUGUCGUCUGGGCCACUCUCUACCGAUGUGCCUUGGAUAUCAUGAUCUGGAACUCGGUGUUCCUGGGGAUCAACAUUCUGCAUCUUUCAUAUCUUUUGUACAAGAAAAGACCGGUAAAGAUCGAAAAGGAACUCAAAAGCAUCUACCGGCGAUUGUUUGAACCCCUCCGUGUGUCUCCAGAUUUGUUCAGAAGAUUAACUGGACAGUUUUGCAUGAUCCAAACGUUGAAAAAGGGUGAAAGCUAUGCUGUAGAGGAGCUAACCUCAGUUGACGACCGUCUGAGUAUUCUCCUGAAAGGAAAAAUGAAGGUUUCCUAUCGAGGACAUUUUCUGCAUAACAUUUACCCCUGUGCCUUUAUAGAUUCUCCUGAAUUUAGAUCAACCCAGAUGCACAAAGGUGAAAAAUUCCAGGUCACCAUUAUUGCAGAUGAUAAUUGCAGAUUUUUAUGCUGGUCAAGAGAAAGAUUAACUUACUUUCUGGAAUCAGAGCCUUUUCUGUAUGAAAUAUUUAGGUAUCUAAUAGGAAAAGACAUUACAAACAAGCUCUACUCAUUGAAUGAUCCCACCUUAAACGAUAAAAAGAUCAAAAAGUUGGACCACCAGCUCAGCCUUUGCACUCAGUUGUCCAUGCUAGAAAUGAGGAACAGUAUAGUCAGCUCCAGCGAAGACGAAGACGGCUUACACCAGUUUCUUCGGGGCACCUCCAGUGUAUCCUCUCUUCAUGUACCAUCCCCACACCAGCGAGCCUCGGCUAGGAUGAAACCGAUAGAAGAAGGGGUGGAAGAUGAUGACGAGGUCUUUGAACCUGCGCCUUCAAAUAUAUUUAAAGUUCGUCAGUGGCCUUGAUCCCAAGAGAGGAUUCAAGUUACCAAGAGGGAAACUGUCUUGGAGAGAUCCUGAAAAAUACCAGCACUUUUUCACGGCUUUUAGAUUUUUUUCUGCUUUCAUACACCCAGCUUUGUAGAGUCUGAGGGCAGGAAAGUGAGGGAAAUUAAAAAAUGGGAAGGUUACCUUCACUUUUACUGGUCAGCUUUCAGUUUCACUGAGCCUUCUGACUAAAAUGUGUGCUAUUUUUGAAAGAGACAUUUUCACAGUGUUUUAUAGAUAUAUUAUCAUUUAAAUUUAAAAAAAAUCUUAGUGCUUUGUCAUUUCAAAUGCCUUCACUUAUCUUUCCAAGUUGUUGUUCGCUUUCAUCAGAGAGUUUAUUCUCUGCUGUGGCAAUGGGGUUGUCCAUUUGAUUGAGGUGGAGGGAAUGUUUAAAAAAAACAACAACAACAGGGAAUCUCAGGCUUUGCUCAAUGGAUUUUCUGGCUGGAAAAUUUUAAAGAAAGAUGUGGUGCGACUCAUGUAUAUUUUUCUCUCAGACCAGAUACAUCAUUCUACUAGAACAUCUCACAUCUGUGGACCCUGUAUGGAUAGGUUGAUAACGGACAAAGUUCAUCAGACUUUACUCACAUUACCCUGAUACUACACUGUUUGAAAGUUGGGAUGAACCCUAGACCUGGAAAGGUAACAGUGGAAGCAGUUCUGAGCUCAGGGUCACCCUUUGGCUAAACCAGCUCAGCUGUGAUGUUGAGCCAUCUUGCCCCAUGCUCUGAAGCACAUUACUGCAGAGUCAAGUGGCCAAAGAAGCGCCGCAGAAUGACGAGGCUGACACAGCCACUGCACUCUCUGGCUGCUCCUCUGACGUUCAGAUGGUUCCUCCAGGGGCACAGAUAGCUCCUUACUGUGUGUGUGUCAGACACCAGAUGCCAGGGCUGCAAACGGAGACACAGCUGUGAGGCAGACGAUCCACCACAAGCUCUGCCGUGAUCACCCAGCCUAGAGAGUGCUGUGAGGACCUUGAUUCUAGAUCUCUCUUUUCCACCAGUUGUGAUUCUAGACACGGUGGUACUUGGGAAAUUUGCAUAAAUCAUCAAGUGGGUCAGUGUGACUGUGGCCCUUCACAGGCCACCCAUUUGGGGGGAGCCCUUGGGCUUCCCUGGUGGCUCAGACAGUAAAGCGUCUGCCUGCAAUGCAAGAGACCCGGGUUCGAUUCCUGGGUCGGGAAGAUCCCCUGGAGAAGGAAAUAGCAAUCCACUCCAGCACUCUUGCCUGGAAAAUCCCAUGGAUAGAGGAGCCUGACAGGCUACAGUCUAUGGGGUCGCAAAGAGUCGGACAGGACUGAGCGACUUCACUUCACUUCCCCUGAAUGGCUGUGCUCCAUCAUGCCCCACUACCUUUAUUUUGUGUACUCCGACUCUGAGUUAGUCCCAUUAUGCUAAAUAACAAGAAAAGUUCCAUAAGAAAUUAUUUUCAGGUGAGCUGAGCCAAAAGCAUCUUUUGCCAAGAGGUGAUUUCCAUGAGAGAAGAUAUAAAAAUUAAGUACUCCAAGGUCACUCCAUUUUCCUAAACUCAUUUUUUAAAGCCAGUUAUUUUAGUAAUUUCAAUUGAGUCAAAUUUACAUGCUUGAUCACUCACUGAGAAAAAUUCCACAGACUGGGUAUCCAGCUCCUAACACAUUCAUCAAAUGAAUAGCUUGUAAACCUCACCAUAGAAAGGCUGAUUUCACUUUCUGCUGUAGUGGUCUCUUCUGUUUGCUAAAUUAAGAUUUUAUUUUGGGGAAAUGAAACAAAGGUGAGUGAAUGACUUUACCUUGACUUUAAGACUUCAGAAACAGCAGACUGAACUCUCUCUUUCAGUGCCUGAAUCAAGGGUAUGAAGUAAUGGUGUUAAUACCACUUUAACUACUGAAGUGACGCUAUGUAGGCCAUUGAGUUUAUACAUGCAUAGGACUAAUUUAUAAAAUCGUUCAACAGAGUAAUUAGAUAUUACAUCCUUGUCUAAGUAGAAAGCAAUUUUAGAUUCUACAAAAGCCAUGUUUGUAAUGUUCUGUGAGUCCACAGAACCUUGAGAUUUUCUUACCCUGACCCAUUUUCAGAUGCGUCUCACUUAAUCAACCUUAGACAGCAGAGGGGAGCAUCUCUAAUGAUCAACCUGGAUGUGUUUAGAGGUUAUUUUCUGUAGUGUUGGAAAAGCACACUGUUUAAAAGCACACUGCUAAAAUUAGGUGAUAUGAAGUCAUUUACUUUUUUAAUGUGUUUGUGUGUGUCAGUGCCAUCGAUAAUGAAGAUUAUAAUCUCAAGAUUAGGAAUCUUCAAAGAGCCACUUAUCUUGAAUAGGAAACAUAGAACUAUCUGUAAAUACAUCCCUCUAAGGAUGACAGUGAAGGAGCCAAAGCCAUUGAGUAGUCCUCCCAUUAGACUUGACAGCAACGAAGCAGAUAAGAAAACAUAAAAGAUCUCUUAUGGAUGAUUUUUACAGAUUCAUGGACACCAGUGUAUCUUUGUAUAACAUGUAGAUAAAAAACACAUUUGGUGCCAAAGUGACCAAUAAAAUGCUUCCUGUGUUUCUUGGCCUUCACUUAGCUGUGUGACCAAGGUCCAGAAAAUGGCCUACAAAAAUUACUCUAUUUAUCACCCCAAAUCCACUAUGUUGAAAUGUAACUUCAAGUUCCUUGUAUGAAGCUGGAGUCAACAUUUAUACCAGAAUGUGUGGCAUUUAUAUUCUGCAAGCUCUCAUAAGUGUUGUAUUUAUAAAAUAAUAGCACAAACCCUAUGAUGUUUAUAGAUUUAAAUUAGCAAUAAUGGGUGCUAUAUAAUUAUUUUUCAGUUACCUCCUUGGCUUCCUGGGAUCUUUUCUGUUUCUCCCUGUGGUUCACUUCACUUUAAUCAUUUUGUGCCUUUGUGCUUUGCUCCCAACAAUGUGUUUUGCCCACUGGGAGACACCACCUUCUUCGCAUCUGGUUCUCCUUCCACACGCCUGAAGUUUUUCUGAUUUUGUAACUUGGAGCUGCUGAUUCUUGCUUCCCAGGUCCUAUCGUGGCCUCAAAGGCAGAGUCACUUAGAUGCUAGAAAAAAUAUUUGGUAGAGAAAUUUAUGUAACUACACACUUAGCUCUGCCCGUGGUGCAGCCAGGUGACGACCUUGCCCUCUGGUGUGGAUUUAAUGCUAGCGUGUGUGGCACCCAGUCGAGCCCUUGGGCAUGCUGGUUGGUCCAGACCCUGGGGUGCAGCUCCAAGGAUUCACUGUUAUUGUUUUUUAAAUCCAUUUUCCUGGUCAUGUGUAAAGCUGCUCUGCAGAAACCACUGACUCUGCCAUAUUUCCCCUCCCUUCCCUCUUUCCUAACCUGGUUUCACAACCUUUUUCUAAUUAUGCCCAACUAGAGUGAUUAGAAAUUCCCACCCACUCAAUUCCAGUUCUCCAUGUGAAGGGAUAGGACUGUGCGGGGAACUCAAGGUUAUUCCACACUCAUGACACAUCUCACUGACACUCUGAUCAUUACAGGACCCCCCAUGACAUAUUGUAGGGGAAGUUUAAGAAACCCACUUUAAGCACUAUUUACAGAUUUUACUAAUAUACCUACAACCUAGUUUUAAAGUACCUGAGAAUUUUGUGAAUGCUUUAUACAGACAUAGUAUUUAUAGGAAUUGCAUUCUUUCUGCUUUUAA